AUGACUGGCGGAAAGUCUGGCGGCAAGGCUAGCGGCAGCAAGAACGCGCAGUCCCGUUCCUCCAAGGCUGGUUUGGCCUUCCCCGUUGGCCGUGUCCACCGUCUGCUCCGCAAGGGCAACUACGCCCAGCGUGUUGGUGCCGGUGCUCCCGUUUACCUCGCUGCUGUUCUCGAGUACCUCGCUGCUGAGAUUCUCGAGUUGGCUGGAAACGCCGCUCGUGACAACAAGAAGACCCGUAUCAUUCCCCGCCACCUCCAGCUUGCCAUCCGCAACGAUGAGGAGCUGAACAAGCUCUUGGGUCACGUCACCAUUGCCCAGGGUGGUGUUCUCCCCAACAUCCACCAGAACCUUCUUCCCAAGAAGACUCCCAAGGCCGGCAAGGGCAGCCAGGAGCUGUAA